AUGCGUCCGUCACUCUCAACCAUUCUUCUCGCGUCGUUUGCACUGCAGACUGGAGCAAGCAAGUUGCCAGUGGUGCACCUUGACUACGCAGCAUACCAAGCAAACAGUCUUAACGAAUCCGGCGGGUACUACAACUUCUCCAACAUUCGAUACGCAGCGCCUCCAAUCGGAGACCUUCGGUUCCGUCUACCAGUCGAGCCCACGGGACGUCAGUGCCGCGUCGAUGAUGGAUCCGUCGGCCGUGUCUGUCCGCAGUCCUCCGGCAACUGGUCCCUCAUAUCCAACAACUUCACAAAAGCCUAUGUGAACGGCCAACCCUUUGAUUACAACGCCGCUGUUGCGGCCCUUCCUAAGAGUCCUCGUGUUGUCAGCGCGGAUAACCGAACCACCGAGGACUGCCUCUUUCUCGAUGUCAUUGCACCAGAGACGGCUUUUGGAAAGAACAAAACCAAGCUGCCUGUCUUGAUCUAUGUCUACGGUGGUGGCUACUCCUCUGGAGACAAGACAGGCGAUGGCGACUUCAACCCAGCCGAACUCCUACGAAUGAGCAACAACGGCUUCGUCUAUGUCGCCAUGAACUACCGUCUUGGCGCACUGGGCUGGCUCUCGGGCAGAGAAGUCGCCGCCGAUGGGACACCCAACGCCGGCCUCCACGACCAGCGCCUCUCCUUCCGAUGGGUUCAAAAGUACAUCCAUCUCUUCGGGGGCGACAAGAACCGCGUCACGGUCAUGGGCGGCUCGGCCGGUGCGGGCUCCAUCAUGCACCACCUCACCGCGUUCGGAGGCCGCAAGAAUGAGUCGCUGUUCAGCCAGGCCAUUCUGCUCUCGCCCGCGUUCCUCCCGGCCCCGACGGAAGUCAACGCCGAGCGAGCUUUCGGUAACUUCCUCGAUAUACUGAACGUCACGUCACUGAGCGAGGCUCGCAAGCUGUCUAGCGAAGAGGUGAUCGCCGGCAACGCAUUGCAGAUCUACAGCGAGGCGACGUACGGAAACAACAUCUACGGCCCGGUUGUGGACGGCAAGUACGCGCCCGCAUUACCGGGACAAUUGCUGCUCAACGGGAGUUUUGACAAGGACGUACGAAUCAUGACCAUGCACAACACCCUCGAGGGCCUGAUCUUCACGAAUCCCACCAUCAACUCGUCCGUUGAUUACCUAAGCACCAUCACCUCCUCUUUCCCCACGGUCAAGGAGGAUGCCUUGGAGUACAUCAACUCAACCCUCUAUCCCCCCAUCUUCAAUGGUUCGGCGGGCUACAAGGACGAGUUCCAGCGUGCUCUGGCUACGAUCCAGGACAUCAACAUCAUCUGCAACACCAACUACCUCGCUCGGGCGUUCAGCAACCAAGCUUAUGCUCUGCGAUUUGCGGUUCCUCCCGGCAUCCACGGCCAGCAGACUCCAUACGUCUUCCGGAACGGUGCACCGGCCGGCAUUGUGGAGCCCGUUGCGGACGCUCUGCAGUCUUACAUCGUCAGCUUUGUGACGAAAUCGGUGCCGUCGUUCAACGGCGCUGAUGUGCCCCUGUACGGUACGGAAUCCAUGUUGAUGAACCUGGCACCGAACGGGACCUCGCUGCAGAAAGACGAUACCGCAAACCAGCGUUGCAAGUGGUGGCAACAGGGACUUUUUGCCUGA